AUGGCAUCUGUAGUCUCACUAGCUAUCCUAGCCAGCUUUUGGCUCUGGGGCCGCCUUGACAGACAAAUCGCAUCCACAGCUCAUGCCUCCUACCAGCCGGUCCCAUUGUCUAACAAUCCCUCCUACAAGCCCAACAAGGACGUCAGCAUCAUCACCUGCGCGCUUGAUCCUCCUUCCGCCUUCACCGCCAGCCUGCGCUCAUGUCUCGACAACGACCCCCUAGAACUAAUCAUUGUGACUACAGAGAAGCAUCUGGGUGAUUUCCACAAGAGAUUGGAGAUGGCCUCCCUGACAGCAGACCAAGCAGCCAAAGUCUCCGUCCUCGCCAUAGAUCCCUCUAAGUCCGGCAAGCGCGAGCAAAUGAAGAUCGGCAUCGAAGCUGCCACCGGCCACAUCAUCGCUACGGUAGACGACCACAUCCUGUACUAA